CUCCACUUGUGACAAGCACUGCGACAUGCCUAAAUGAGGCAGAGACACAGCGUCCCUGAACAUGACUUGGUGCUAAUUCUGUCGAAUAUACACGUAUUUAUUGCAAAGAGAAGACUGGCGCACGUACAGUUGUCUUUUCAUCCAUUCGUCCUUCCAUCCGCCUGUGGACCUACAGAUAUGCGACCUGCUCCGUGGAGAUUGCUGUAGAUGGCUGAAGAGCUGUGUACUGGCUGGUUUCGCAUUGUUGCAGGCUCCUUGGAGAUAGAGGAAUGCAAAUCAGCAAUCAUGAUGGAAGGUUUGAAAAAACGUACCAGGAAGGCCUUUGGGAUACGGAAGAAAGAGAAGGGAGACAAGGACAAUGACUCCACGGGGUCCCCUGACAGAGAUGGGGGUUCCCAGAAGAAGGCCAAUGGAGCAGCUGUCAAUGGGUUCUCUGGAGAGAUCGACUGGGACAGAUAUAACACCCCUACAGUGGACGAUGAAGGUUACAGUCUCAGGCCAGAUGAGGAGGAGGAGGGGCCAGGAUCAGCCGGCCCCAAACCCCCCAAGGAGCACUUCUUCUCCUCCAGCGAGUCAGAGGGAGAGGAGGACCACCGGAAAAAGUUUAAGAUCAAGAUCAAACCGUUACCAGCGGAAAGUGCCAACUGUUUGGCCCCGUCAGUAGAUGAACUCAAAGCCUCCAUAGGCAACAUAGCUCUAUCUCCCUCUCCUCUGGGGUUGAUGAAUAAGGACUGUAGUGAAGAGAUACAGGUAGCUCGGCCAAGACGUUCUGCACCCAUUGCAACCCCCACGUUAGCAGCCCCGGUGCUACAAGCCCCCAGAAGUAAGAAAUCCCCAGCAGUGCCACUACCAGAGAAGGAACCAGCCCCAGUACCAGCCCCAGUACCAGCCCCAGUACCAGCCCCAGUAUCAGCCCCAGUACCAGCCCCAGUACCAGCCCCAGUACCAGCCCCAGUACCAGCCCCAGUACCAGCCCCAGUACCAGCCCCAGUACCAGAGGACACUACAGCCUUAUUUGGACCUCCCCUGGAGACAGCCUUCAGAGAGCAGAAAACUGAAGUGGGAAUAUCUGAGCAGGUGGUGUGUGACGUGUGGGGUGCUCCUCUACCUGAGUCUGAGUCACUGAGCCCAGACUUCUGUUUCACCAGAACCUUCUCCACAGGAACUCCGCCUCCGCUUCCGCCCAAGAAUGUCCCGACCUCCCCCCCUCCGACCAGCUCCCCCUCUACAGAUGCUGCCGGAGCAUCCUCUCCGGCUCGUCCUGCUACACCGUCAGCUCCAUCAGCGGUUUUCAGCAGCCCUCCCCCUCCCCCUCCACGCCCCAAAUUGCCCCCUGGGAAACCCAGCAAGGGGGACAUGAGCCGGCCCUUCAGUCCCCCGGGCAGUCACUCGUCCUGCCCCCCUUCCAUUGCCCCCCUGGCCCGGGCCGAGAGCACUUCCUCUAUCUCCUCCAACAACUCCCUGAGUGCAGCCACCACCCCCACCGUCGGUAAAAAUCUCACCCUUUCUGUGUCAGAAGAUGAUGCAUUUGUAGACAAACUGCCUACAUUUGGGAGGCCUUUUGAUUCUCUGGCAGGCUGCUCCAGGGGACCCAGCCCUCUCACCAUGGGGGCCCAGGACACCCUUCCGGUGGCGGCAGCUUUUACUGAAACAGUCAAUGCCUUCUUCAAAGGAGCCAACCCUAACAAGUGUGUUGUGAAGAUCACAGGCGAGAUGGUGCUGUCGUUUCCAGCGGGGAUCACACGGCACUUUGCCAAUAACCCGUCCCCUGCUGUGCUAACCUUCAGCAUAACCCACUACAGCUGGCUGGAGCAUGUACUGCCUAAUCCCCAGCUACUCUGCUGUGACACCGCCACAACACCCAACCCUGACUGCAAGACCUUCUGGGUGAACAUGCCAAACCUGAUGACCCAUCUAAAGAAGGUGGCCGAGCAGAAACCCCAGGCCACAUACUACAAUGUGGACAUGCUCAAAUACCAGGUAUCAGCGCAAGGCCUCACGUCGACCCCCCUGAACCUGGCAGCCAGUUGGCGGUGUGAACCCACCAGCACGGACCUCCGGAUAGACUACAAGUACAACGGCGGCUCCAUGACAACGCCCGUGGCGCUCAACAACGUCCAGUUCCUGAUCCCUGUAGACGGAGGGGUCACCAAGCUACUGGCUGUGCUUCCCCCUGCCGCAUGGAAUGCAGAUCAGCAAAGAAUCCUGUGGAAGAUUCCUGAUAUUUCCCAGAAAUCUGAAAAUGGAGGCAUUGGCUCAUUGUUGGCACGGUUCCAGCUGUCGGAGGGCCCCAGUAAACCCUCUCCCCUGGCGGUCCAGUUCACCAGCGAGGGCAGCACUCUGUCAGGCUGUGAUAUAGAAUUGGCUGGUCCAGGGUACCGCUUCUCACUCAUCAAGAAGAGGUUCGCUGCAGGAAAAUACUUGGCAGACAACUGAUACUUCAUACUACUACUGAACAAAUACACUGGAGAUCUUCAUCUCAAUGGAUUAAUGAAAUCCUAUACUACAGAGGACAGACCUACACCACCACCUCCCUACAGACAGACACUUCUUUCUAAACCCGCGAGACAGACAGGCCAAGGCCACACAGCCUACUGUACCCAGCAGUAUUGUAUAGCUUGCAUAUAGUCUCGUGGACGGUUUUAGGGUGUAAUUAUUGUAUUUGUAAAAUGUAUUCAAAUGUAUUAAUUUCAGAACAUCUGUAUUGCUGCUGCUCUAGACAUCCACCCGGGUUUCCCUCUCUAAAGGUACAUGCUUCUGCCUCUCUAUCCCACUCUCUAACGUGUGGUGUUCAAACUUAAACACUGCUACAGCUACCUAGCUACUCAACCACAAAAUCAUGGUCUCAACCGUGAACCUAACACAUAAUACACUGAGUAUAUUUUGAUGCAACAACAAAUAUGUGGUAUUAGGAGAGGAUGUAUGAAAAGACCAUUGGGUUGUGCCAUUGAGUGAACAAAAAUGAAUAGACGCACCAUGAUGUCACACUCCUCCAUUCAGUUUAAGGGAGGGGCUGCUUCUCGCAUGCUUCUGAUUGGCCACGGUUAGAGCUACCAUGAAAUUCUGGGUAUUGGAGUUUUUAUUCUGUUGGGUUUUUAACAGUUAAUGCGUUACACACUGGCAUAGCAGGUUUAAAGGACAUUGUUCAUUUGGAUGGUGACCAUUACCAGACUAACAUCGGCUUCAAACAUAUACUCUCAACAUUUUCCUCAGAAAUUAUCAGAAAGUCCUGAGUAGUUAGGCAGCUGCAACAAUAAAUACAUUCUUGGUUGCAAUAUAAAACAAAUAUAAUAUGUUUCUCUCAAUACAAAAAACCUGUACAAAGUCUUAUUUGAAAUGAAUAAUAUAUAUCUGAAAGGGCGUUUGGUGUUUUCCUUCCUUCACUGACACAGCAGUGGUAGACGUACUUCAGAGUACAUUACAGCAUUCUAUUUUUAUUUAUUGAUGAUAAUGAUUUUAAAAGUAUGUAAAAAAGUAUGUGAUUCUGUAUAUGAAUAGAAUUUCAAUGGUAUUGUAAUUUAGAAUGAAGGUAUAAAUAUUCUAAAUAUCUUUUUUUGUUAUCUGUGUAGUUGGGUAACCUGUGUACAGUAUAAUGUAUAAGGUAUAAUUUUAGAAUUUAUUUCAGAUAUAUAAUUUUUUAACUCAAGUGCAUCAGAAGAUUUGACUCCAGUAUAUAUGCGCGUGGGGGGAUAAAAAAACAAGAUGAAUAGCACCUGGAUGUGUACAUCAGGCUGUAUGAAAGCAGUGUUAUUUAGAGUUACACUAAUAGUUAUUACCUUGGAUAAUCAGUCAGGUUUUGACUAUGUUCUGCUCUGUUUCCAUUCACCUCAAUGUGUUAUUCUGCAUCAAACAGCAUGCACUCCCCUUCGGAUCAAACCAACCAGCGCUUGAAUCCAUGGCUUUAUUCUGCAUCAAACAGCAUGAACUCCCCUUCGGAUCAAACCAACCAGCGCUUGAAUCCAUGGCUUUAUUCUGCAUCAAACAGCAUGAACUCCCCUUCGGAUCAAACCAACCAGCGCUUGACUCCAUGGCUUUAUUCUGCAUCAAACAGCAUGAACUCCCCUUCGGAUCAAACCAACCAGCGCUUGAAUCCAUGGCUUUAUUCUGCAUCAAACAGCAUGAACUCCCCUUCGGAUCAAACCAACCAGCGCUUGAAUCCAUGGCUUUAUUCUGCAUCAAACAGCAUGAACUCCCCUUCGGAUCAAACCAACCAGCGCUUGACUCCAUGGCUUUAUUCUGCAUCAAACAGCAUGAACUCCCCUUCGGAUCAAACCAACCAGCGCUUGAAUCCAUGGCUUUAUUUUGCAUCAAACAGCAUGAACCCCCCUUCGGAUCAAACCAACCAGCGCUUGAAUCCAUGGCUUUAUUUUGCAUCAAACAGCAUGAACUCCCCUUCGGCUCAAACCAACCAGCGCUUGAAUCCAUGGCUUUAUUCUGCAUCAAACAGCAUGAACUCCCCUUCGGAUCAAACCAACCAGCGCUUGAAUCCAUGGCUUUAUUUUGCAUCAAACAGCAUGAACUCCCCUUCGGAUCAAACCAACCAGCGCUUGAAUCCAUGGCUUUAUUUUGCAUCAAACAGCAUGAACUCCCCUUCGGAUCAAACCAACCAGCGCUUGAAUCCAUGGCUUUAUUCUGCAUCAAACAGCAUGAACUCCCCUUCGGAUCAAACCAACCAGCGCUUGACUCCAUGGCUUUAUUCUGCAUCAAACAGCAUGAACUCCCCUUCGGAUCAAACCAACCAGCGCUUGAAUCCAUGGCUUUAUUCUGCAUCAAACAGCAUGAACUCCCCUUCGGAUCAAACCAACCAGCGCUUGAAUCCAUGGCUUUAUUCUGCAUCAAACAGCAUGAACUCCCCUUCGGAUCAAACCAACCAGCGCUUGAAUCCAUGGCUUUAUUUUGCAUCAAACAGCAUGAACUCCCCUUCGGCUCAAACCAACCAGCGCUUGAAUCCAUGGCUUUAUUCUGCAUCAAACAGCAUGAACUCCCCUUCGGAUCAAACCAACCAGCGCUUGAAUCCAUGGCUUUAUUUUGCAUCAAACAGCAUGAACUCCCCUUCGGAUCAAACCAACCAGCGCUUGAAUCCAUGGCUUUAUUUUGCAUCAAACAGCAUGAACUCCCCUUCGGAUCAAACCAACCAGCGCUUGAAUCCAUGGCUUUAUUUUGCAUAAUGGUAAUGGUCUCUGUGAGAUGACAUGGUGACGAGGAUUUGGAGGGAGGUUAGAUGACCAAAACGCUUUUUGUAUUUUAUGUGUGUACUCCAGACAGUCCUCUAAAAGAUAGAGAAAUAAGGGGAAUAUUUUUUUAAACAACAAAAAAACCCAUCUUGUUUCAUGUGAAGAGCACUGUGCUGAUAAUGUUAGAAACCUCCUGAAUGCUCUGAUAUUCAACAUAGAGAUCAAAAUGUGUGUGAUGACGUUUAACUUAAAAGGUCUCCUCGUGUGGGCAUCAUAAGUAUGUCAGGAUACUAUCUGUAAUUAAUGAAGCUACAUAGCACCAUUUAUACACCUGCAUUAGAACGGCCAUAGAAGUGUCUUACAUGUCCAUUUUGUCUGACCAUUUAGUUGGCAUUUCUAAGUAAGGUAUCAAUGAAUUGUGUCAUGUAGCUCUCUGUAUAGCUGUUUAGUGAGUAACACUUGAACAUUAUUGUACACACCUAACUAAAGUUAACAGAAAUGACAUUGGUAAUGUUAUUACUGUUUAUGAAGUAUGUAUGAUCUCGUGCUUAUGAUGGAGGGAGGGUUCAAGCUAAGUGUUACGGCAUGGUGUAAUGUAAUGUGUGUCUGCACACACUUACGGUAUAGUGUUAAAGUCAAGUGGUCCACCAACCAAUAGACUCGUUGUCAUGUUAACUGUGAGAACUGAAGACCAGAGCAGGAAGUGUGUCUGUGUGUGGCGUGCUAAGCCAGACUGCUUUGGGUACCGUACUGUUUCUCUGUCAACCACAUGUGCAAGCUGUGUUUGUACAGACAAUGUUAAGAUGAUCUGAUGAGAAACUACGUUUGCUUUUUUCCAAAACCAAUAAAAGUUAUGAACUGGACAAGUUUUUGGAGCACUCUUUUUUGCAACUCACAGCAGAAGUUGUAUUGGUCGUAGGUACAGGAUACACAGGGUAUACACUGUCCAACAAAAUGCUUACUUACAGGUUCCUUCUCCACAAUGCAACAACAAUAAGAAAGAACACAAGAUAAGAAUACCAACAUAAAGUAAAUGCCUCAAUAGAAUAUCAUAAAUAUUUUGCAUGUUGCUCAAAUGCAGUUUAUUCUGUAUUUCCUCCACCAAUUUUGUGUUCUGAUAAUACAGUGCAACACAUCAAGGUUGGCUGUAACAACAUUGUCUUAAAGCCUUACUAGGAAUACACUCCUUCUGCUAUUAAGAAGCUGUUUAUAAUUGUGUGCUGUGAGGGAGAUCUAACUGUAGUAUGAUUAGCCUUUAAUUCAACGUACCAUGUGUACUGUACAUAUAUGUUUGUUUCAUUUGAUAUUUAUAUGGAUAUAUUUGUUAUUUCAUCUGUUUGUGUUAUCCAAUGCACAGGAUACUGAAUCUGAAAUUGUUUGUGAUGUACCGUACUAAUGAAAUGUUCCAAACGAAUGCAGAAUGAACCACCAUGUUAUGAUGUGGGUUUUCUCUGAAAUAAAGGAGGCGUAUCAAUUAUGUUUGA